AUGUCAAUUGAAGAGACGAAACCUGUUGAAACUACAACUGAAACAACGUUCGUAGACCCAGAAACCACUGUGUUUGUUGGCAAUGUGUCAAAAGAAUGUACAGAGGAUGAUUUGAAGGACAUUUUUGCCGGAGAAUUCGGAUCUGUAGAAGUGGAAAUCCCUUCGGGAAGGACUAGAGAUGGACGUUCAUUCUAUAACAGGUAUGCAUUUGUGAAGUUUCCUCAAAAGAUCGAUGUGGAAGCCAUUAAAGAAAAGUACGACAAGCAAGUGGUAAAAGAGCGUGGUAUUUAUAUUAGAAAGGCACUCACUCAGGAAGAAAGGGACGCUGAGAGACAGGAAAGAAUUCGUAGCAGACGUGGAGGACGUGGUGGAGCCAAAUUUGCCAACAACCGUGGAGCUGCAGUUCCAGCUCCUCCAAGAAAGGAUAAAACCCCACUGGAAGAGAUGGAAAGAUCGAAAGAUACAAUUUACGUGAAUAACAUCCCAUACUAUGCCACAAAGGAGCAAUUAGCCGAGUUUUUCGGUACCCAACCGGAGCUUGUAGUGUUACCAAUGAGAAGAAUGCGUGAUACCAACACCAAGAGGGUCUUCUUUAGCAAGAAGAUGAACCGAGGCAUCGCAUUCAUCACCUUCGCUAACUUUGAGAAUGGUGAUGACAUCAACAAGAAAGUGGAAAGCUUCCAGGGAAAGACUCUGCAGGAAAGACCGAUCGUAGUAGACGUCGCUGCUGUGAGACCUCCUCGUGAAGAGCGCGAACAACCAGAACAUGAUGAGACAGCUCAAGAGCCUGCACAGGAGUAA